AUGCAAUUCUCAAGGUUGGCAACUCUGGCACUGAUUUCAGUUCCCUAUGUGGGAAUUGGGGCACUCAUCCGAUACUACAAAAAGACAGAUGGAAUCAGUCUCGAUGAUGAAAUGGAAAUCACUCCUCUGCAACGCAAGGCCAUGUGGGUUCAUUUAGGAUAUUUUGCCAUGGUUCCUAUUAUGAUUGAAGCCUUUCAGGAUUUACCCGGUCUCGACGUAGUCAUUGGCAGUCGUUCUACUGAACCUAGCAAUAUCUCUUAUAUGAUGAUCUGUUUGGCAUCCGAGAAUUUCUUUGUCUCGUGCACCUGUCUUGGAAUGUUGUUGACUCAAACGAAAGUUCCACGCUGGGCCAUGAUGACACCCAUUUCUCAGCUUGCUUGGAAUCUGAAGAAUCAUGUCGCAUGGUAUUUCAUGAGUGGAACCUUUGCUCCUGAAGGCCCUCUGUUGUUUGCCUUGUUGGACAUGGCGGUCAUUUGGCCCAUUACUGCAGUCUAUGGUUACAACUUUUUGUAUGCCGAUAAGAAAGAUUUGAACAAGAAGGAGUAA